GACAUGGCUAAACGUGGUCCCCACACAACAUUGAAGCUUCCCGCAGUAUAAAGCUUGUUAUAUGACCUGUACCUCAAGCUAGCCCCCUACAUCAGCUGUUCCACACUCUUUCAUUCAUAAUAUACACAGCAUAUCCUCUCAAUUCAAUACCAACUCCGUAUCAGGUACUAUAAUAAUAUUAACAACGACACGCUCCCAACCCUUCAUGAUUACUAGCAUCACAACAUGGCAAACCAGCCAGCUUUGACCUUCGGCGUGGAGGUCAAGUUUUUCCUUCUCCCCGAUACAGGUAUCCGCGGCGAUUUCCAUCAGAAAACCUACGAGUCAAUGGCCAUGAUAUUCCAAAAAAACCUACCCAAGCCGCUACCCACCGCCGUGAUCUUAGGGAAAUGGAGCAAGUUCACAGGCGACGCGUAUACCUUUCCGGGCAGGCACCCGAUGGAGCAGAAGGAUUGGAAAUAUUACUAUUGCUUUUCGGGGGAUCCCAGCGUUUUGGCCGACUUCACCAGGUCGAUGGGUAUAGUCGCCGAAGGGAAGGGAAGAAUAGGCAUGGAGAUGGCGACUCGCGUCCUCAACUAUGACAAACAAGGUUGCGCCGAGUUCAAGGCUGCCAUGAAUGCCGUUAUGGCGGGUGGCAAGCCUUGGGAUCCACGGAUUGGCUCUUCCCUGAUACCCUCAUGUACGCCGAUGGGCGGACUUCACGUCCAUGUCGGUGAUAGGGGAGGGCUCAAGUUGAGCACUGCCAAGAGAGUCGCGAUUCUAGGAUGGCUUCUGGAACCGUGUCUCUUCUCUCUCUGCAGCCAUGGACGAGGAAGGAACUUCCAUUCACCAGCUCGCAAGAAUUCCAUCCUGGCCGCGAUGAAUUUUGAAUAUGCCGAAAUCAACUAUGCCAAGGAGGAAGAGGAACUGACGAAGAUGUGGAGUCGGUUAUACAUACGAGAUACACAUCAUGGUCAUCAAAACGACGAUAAUGAGAACCACAUCCCCAUGUAUUUCUCCAGGAUAGACAGAAAACGAAUCGCUGUCUUAGCGAACGCUAGAAGCAUGCAAGAACUGGAGACUUUGCUGUCUUACACAAACCAGCGUACCAAGAACAGACGACUGUGUCUGGCUAUAUACAACAGAGUGAAUGAUCACACCACUAUUGAGUUUCGUCACUUUCAGGGCACGCACGACCCUGAAUUAGCCUGGGAGUGGGUUCGCCUCGUCACAACAAUAGUACAGAUCGCCUCGACAUCAACAGAAUCCGAGUUCCAAAAGCUACUUCGGGAAAUCUCGUACCAGUAUCGAGCAAUGAGGCGAAGGUCGAGAGAUUAUUUAAUAAGGCAAGCACAGAAAAAAGGGGCGAAGGAUCCAUGGCUAGACAGUUGGACGUGGAUGCUUCCGAUCCUAAACCUUAAUGAACAUGAACCUUUUUGGAGCCGUUAUGUUGCCAGAUUGCCCGAGCGAAACGAGGUUGAAUGGGGAGGGGCAAGCCUUUAAAUAUUUUCCUAGACCUUUUGCCAAUCUUUAGUCAAACGAUGGGCAAUCCGAUGUCCUAGACUCAGCUGGGUAUAUUUGAGUCACAGUUACUUCACCUGAAGUUUGAUGGAUAGGUUUCCUGGCGCAGAGAAGAAAAACCCGUAGAAGCUGGCGUGGGGGUGGUGAAUAGCGCAUUUGAUUACUUGAUAGCG